AUGCCUGAGGUAUGUCCACCAGUAGACGACCGGGAACCGGCUAUUAGUUUUAAGCCAGUCAAGCCAAGAGCCUUUAUCCCCCACGACCCCGAAGUGUGGUUUGCUGCAUUAGAAACGCAGUUUAUCGCUCGUAAUGUGCGUACCCAGCGCUCCAAAUACGUUUACGCGGUAGAGGCAAUCCCUGGCGAACGAAUGUGCGCCAUCAGGGAUAUUAUCCUUAAACCGCCGGAGAAGGGCGCCUACGACGUUCUGAAGGCUGUUAUCCGUCAGUUCUACAUCCCCUCUAACGGGCAAAGGUUACGCCAGUUGCUGGCUCGUCACCCGAUUGGUGACAUGAAGCGAAGCAGGCAUCUGGCGCGUCUACGCUCGUUAGCCGGCCCAGUAAACACCUACUCUGACAUCGUCAAAGAGCAUUGGAUUGAAUCUUGGCCGCUUCAGGUCCAACCGACGGUAACGGCUCGGCUGGAGGACUCCUGA